GAAGCAAUGAUGGGGAGGAAGGGGGGUCGAAGUACUGUUUUGUUUUUAGUGUUUGUCUGACUUUAAUAGAACCUUAUAGCAAUCCUCGAUACGUUGUUGUGGACAUUUUGAAUCGUCCUUUCUCUUCCCCUUUCCCACAGAAGACCCGACAUGCAAACUCUGUGGAACGAAUACCUCUAUCCCGGUCGAUCCAUGCGUGGUAUCCUCGAACAAGAUCUCGUCAAAGACGCUAUAAUUACUAGCGAAAGUAGUACUACAAGAAGUUCUACCCACGCCAGAACGAGUUUUGAGAUGCAUUUGAUGCAGAAACUUCUGAGUUUGGAUAGGACUGGUGUAGCGGCUGAGUUCUGGAUCAAAAGAAGAGCGAAUUGGAACUAUCUGCUGACAGUGUACUGCGCACGCUCAAGGGGGAGGCUAUGGCGUGCGGCGCGGCAUCAAGAGGCACCGGAAAUCGGACCCGCGUUCCAAGAACGAGCUUUUCGAAGACGAGAGGCAGGGAGCAAGAAGAUGAUACAUGCAGGCGGCGGAUCACACAACCAUAAAGGUGCAAAUGCGGGAGGAGGUGGGAAAGGAAGUGGUGCGUCAUCUCGUGCGCUGAGUAUUAUGGCGGGAAACUCUUGUUGUCGUGUAGCAAUGCGUUAUAGUAAGUUACUGAAUUUUUAAAGUCUGAAAUAUUUUUCACCCCAUAGAGCCAAUUUUUCAUUCAUCACAAAAAUAGAACUCUUCUAAACACUUUUCCCCGACAAAGUCCUUCCGCUUACGCUCAAGUGAUAUCGGCUCCGGGAAAACGCAUUUUCGCUAUAUUUACCGAACGUCGAAAUUCCGCGAUGAUAUCAUGAGAGAUGACCCGACUUGCAGGAACACGUUUCACCUAGGUUGUCUUCCACCUGCAGGAGACCUUUUGCAUGGGUCUUUACACGCGAAAUUAGUGUCAAAGGAGAAAAGGCAAGCGAUGACGGUGUGGGCAGAUGAUGAAGUAUUUUUGGAGAUUCAUGUUUUGCUUCAUUUGUAUGUUCUGCUUCAUUUGUAUGUUCAUGAGACCUUUUAGUUUCUCUAAUCUGUGUUGGUGUUAAUAUUAGUGCCGCGGCGUAUCAGGGACACCACUUAAGCGAACUUCGCUUAAGUAGUGACCGAAACACUUCAGGGAACCACUUAAGCGGGGCGCCCCUUAACGGUUUCCCUAAGUCUCGCUUAAGUAGUGACCGAAGCACUUGAGGGAACCACUUAAGCGAGGCGUCCUUUAACGGUUUCGCUGAGUCUCGCUUAAGUCGUGACCGAAGCACUUGAGGGAACCACUUAAGCGGGGUGCCCCUUGUGUGCCUCGCUCAGUGCCUCAUAAAGAGUGCGCGAGGCAUUUAAGCGCGGCGUGCCCCUGAAGUGCUUCGCUAAGUGCCUCAGAACUAUCGCCUGAGGCACUUAAGAGGCGAGUCCCUUCACUGCCUCAGAAUAAGUGCCGCAGAACUAGAGCCUGAGGCACUUAAAAGGCGCGUCCCGAGGCACUUACGCGUGGCUUCCCUUGUGUGCCUUGUGGACGAAAAGGCGCUUAAUGGGCAAAAAAUACGCACGUGCACAAAAAACAACAGUCUGAGCGGCUGGGCCGCGACGCUUUUUUACCGGACCUUCGAGAGAUCGAACGACACGAGAGUCGCA